AUGGAGAAGGAACUGUGUGUAUUCAGCCAAACAAUAGAAGAUAACAGAGACAGGUUGGAAUUAGACAGAAACAGAGAACGAGUGGAAGCAAUGAACAGUGAAUCAAUCAUUGCUGAGCAUCGUUACAACGGGGAUAUUGAGAAAGGCACUUUUAAAACUGUAGAACAACUACACAUGGGUGAAAUGAACGUAAAAUGUAAACAUUGCAAUGCAGAAAGGUUCAAAUAUGAAACAGGAAGGGUGGCAAAUAAUUGCUGUCAUGGAGGAAAAAUAUUAUUAACACCAUUAACGGAAUAUCCUGAUGUACUUCAACGUCUGCGAGAAGGGAAUGACGAAGUAUCAAGACACUUCAGACAACAUAUACGAUCAUAUAAUGACGCGUUUGCGUUUGCAUCAUUUAAUCGUACCGUGGCAGAUAUGGGGAAUUCAGGACCAUAUGUGAUGAAAAUAAUCGGGGAUCUAGCGCUGAGAGAAAAUGAUGCAAGAAGAGCAAAUCUGUUAGAAAUUAUUGGUAGACUGAUAAUAGAUAUCAAUCCUUAUGCAUCAAAUUUUAAAACAACGUACGAGCGAUUUGUUAAGGGAGAAAGCCUGGUGAGAUUAAACUUUAUAGCACUCAAGGAAGACGAUAGACGGCGGUACAAUGCGCCAACUUGUGGUGAGCUAGCAGCUCUGAUCGUUUCAGAUGACGGGGCAGUAUCUGAAAAUAUAGAAGUACAAGUAUUUCCAAAACAAGACCGUGCAGUUGGAUAUGUGCCGAGAUAUUCGCAUCACGUUGAUCCAAUGACUUUUCCAUUACUAUUUCCGAGCGGUGAUUUAGGAUUGAGCUAUAAUAUGAAACACGUAGGAACAAACAAGAAAAUCUCUCCUGUUCAAUAUUAUGGACAUCGAUUGGCCUUACGUCGAGGCGAAGCACAGAAUCAGUUGUUGCGGAGCGGACGAUUGACACAACACUAUGUGAUUCACGCAUAUCUCACAAUUGAAUCGCAGCGUUUAUUGUUUUUAAGAAAUAAUCAGAAGCAAUUGCGUGUAGAAUGUUACAAAGGAAUGACUGAUCACAUAUCAAAUAGUGAAGCGAAUACGUCGGAUCGAACAAGACUUGGGAACCAAAUGAUUUUACCAUCAUCAUUUUCCGGCAGCAUGCGACAUAUGCAACAGCAGUACCAAGAUGCAAUGGCAAUAACAAGGAAAGUUGGACGACCGGAUUUAUUUAUUACAAUGACAUGUAAUCCUAAGUGGCCGGAAAUAUGUACGGUAUUGAAAGAUUUUCCUACAGGUACCACUGUAAAUGACAUUCCAACAAUAGCUUGUCGAAUAUUCAACAUGCGGCUACAACAGGCACUAAAGGAAAUCGAAAGCGGUUCAGUAUUUGGAAAGAUUGAAGGAUACGUUGGCAACGCUCGGGGCGAUUGUUAG